CUCUCCUCUCCCGCCUUUUGUUCGUUUUACGUUCCUAAAUCCUAACAGUAACAAACCAUACCCAUCUCUCUCUCUAUCUCUCUCUCUCUCACUCCUCUCUGAAACGAUCGUAUUCCCAAUCUUGUUUUUAUCUGUUUUUGGGUUCAACACCUUCAUUGUUGUGAAUUAAUGUGAUCGAUCAAUCGAUGUUAGAAGAAACGAAGCACUUGCCUUCAAAAUACGGCAAAAUGAUGUACUCCGAUCCCAACAUUUCAUCUACGCCCGCUUAUGAGGACUUCAACGUCCGGAACAGCAGCUUCUCCGCCGUCGAACCCAACCGGUUGAGCGGCGAGGCCUCUCCGAUGAUGAUGUCUCCGUGGAACCAAGGAUUUACACGACCCUCCUGGGCCAAUUUUGAAGACACCCCACCUCAGAACCUGCCCCAAAAUUGUCUUAUCGGAUCACUUGUCCGUGAAGAGGGACACAUAUACUCGUUAGCCGCCACCGGCAACCUCUUAUACACCGGCUCCGACAGCAAGAAUAUCCGGGUUUGGAAGGAAAUGAAAGAAUUCUCUGCAUUCAAAUCAAACAGUGGGUUGGUUAAGGCUAUUAUAAUCUCCGGGAAGAAGAUUUUCACUGGUCAUCAAGACGGGAAAGUUCGGGUCUGGAAGGUCCACCCGAAGAACCCGAGCAUUCACAAGCGUGCUGGGAAUUUACCCACCUUCAUGGACAUCUUCAAGUGCUCGAUUAAACCCCGAAACUACGUCGAAGUGAAACGCAAUCGUACCGCUCUCUGGAUCAAGCACUGCGACGCCAUUUCUUGUCUGAGCAUAAGCGAAGAGCAGGGCCUUCUCUAUUCAGCUUCUUGGGACAGGACAUUUAAAGUGUGGAGAAUUGCGGACUCCAAAUGUCUCGAAUCCGUCAAGGCCCAUGAGGACGCCGUCAACUCCGUCAUCACCACCGUCGACGGCAUGGUGUUCACCGGCUCCGCCGAUGGCACGGUGAAGGUGUGGAAGAGGGACAUGUUGGGGAAAGUCACGAAACACACGUUGGUUCAGACGCUAUUGGAACAAGAAUGUGCUGUGACGGCUUUGGCUCUGGGCGGGUCGGGUUCGGCUGUGUACUGCGGGUCGUCGGACGGGUUUGUCAAUUUCUGGGAACGUGAGAAGCAGUUGUCACACGGUGGGGUCCUCAAGGGGCACAAGCUGGCGGUUCUGUGCGUCGCGGCUGCAGGGAAUCUGGUGUUCAGCGGAUCUGCAGAUAAAAACAUAUGCGUGUGGAGGAGGGACGGCACGGUCCACACGUGCCUGUCCGUGUUGACUGGUCAUAGUGGGCCCGUCAAGUGCUUGGCUGUGGAGGGUGAUCGUGAAUCAACGGCCGGUGAUCGACGGUGGACUGUGUACAGUGGGAGUCUCGAUAAGUCCGUGAAAGUGUGGAGCGUGUCGGAACAAGCGCCUGAUUUGCAUCAGAUGGCUUUGAUUCAACAAAGUCAAGCAACCAGUGGGGCGGACCCAAAAAUGGAUUCGGUACCCCCACCGAGUUAUUAGGAUCCGGGUUUCUAAUCUGACUCUGACUUGGGGUGAGUGCCACAUGUGCACUUGAUCAUGUAUGACACGUGUUGAUUGCAAGGUACCCAAAAAAAAAAAAAAAAAAACAACCCUUUUCUAAAAAAAAAACUGGUGUGGGGCUUGAAUGAUGACGAAAAUAGAUUGUCAAUUGCUUGGAGAGAUGGAGAGGUAUUGAAGAAAUAAGAAGUUCCAUUGUUAAUUAUUAUUUU